GAGCUUUCAGUCAGUCAGCUGCUGACUUUCUAAAUUUUAAAGAUGGCAGUAAAUUUACCUUGAAUUGAGAUUAUUUUGUUAAACUGGUCACAAGGUGAAGAAUGAACGUCUACAUUCAAUUCAAACCCUUCCUGGGAGUAACAGUAGUAUCUGCUCAUUAACUGAGGAUUAAACCUGAAAUAUUUGAGGUUUGAAUUUAAGUUCAGUUUUCUUCUGCUGAUCAGGAAGGGAGGAGAAAAACAGUAAGAACUUCUGAAAAGCUAAACUGAAGAGAGAAACACUGGAAUGAAAGGAAGGGAUGUGAAGAAAAGAAGGAAGGGAGAUGUGUAAGACAGGGCCGUGAUGAAGGAUGACAAAAGCAAGAAGGGUAAUAAAUAAUAGAAAACAAAAGCAAGGGACAAAGGAAGAAAGAGGAGAUGAAGAAGAGAACACAGAAAAGAAAAUGUUAAGAAGAAGGAAAGAGAAACGAGUGCUACUGCGUCCGAGGACGUGACCAGACGGUCCCCACAAAUGCUCUGCUCUGUGUGAGCAGAGCAUGCUGGGUAAAAACGCUCGAGGCAAUUUGAAUGUAAAAUUCAGAAGCUGCAGUCAGAAGGAGCGAAGACGUGGUGCUGGUUCACCCUCACCUGCGACUGCCAGGUGAAGGCGAUGACGCCUUGUCGUUUGCACUUUUCUAAAACUCCAUGAAACAGGGCUGCUGUUGGGGAUUGUUUUCAGCUGCGAAAUAAUCCACAUUUGGUGUCUGGACAUCCAUUGCUUCACUGAUGAAAAAGCCAAACCCGCAGGAACCCCGUGAAAAUGAAAACCAGAUGAGAGAAGUCAACUACGACUCCCAAGAUCAGUUUCACUAACAAGCAGCCAAUCACAGAGCAUCACAUUAACAGUGAGCUGGACUGAAGUUCACUUCGACCUUAUGGGUGUUGUAGUUUUGUCGUAGGGACAGAAGUCGAAAUCAGCUGAUUGAUGUGUUUCACUGUGAGGACGAACAGCAGGUGAUGAGUUCACUGACAGCAGAAAACAGCAUCACGAUGUGAGAGACAGGAAGUCCCACUGUGAUUGACGGCUGUUUGUUGGCCGCCUCGGGCAGGGUCAUGUGACCUGGACGAGCUGUAAACGUUGCAGGACUGACACCGCCAGGAAGGAAGUGAAGAAGGAAGGAAGUAGGGCCCAGGAUGACGAGCGCGGCCCCGGCCAGGAAGCCAUACCGUAAGGCUCCGCCACAGCACCGCGAGACCCGCCACGCUCUGCCGAUUGCUCCGGCCGCACCUGCACCACAGCACAACGUCAGUCAGGAGGUUUUAUCAGACUCGGACAGGAUCAGAAUCCUCCAGCAGCAGAAUGAGGACCUGCAGCGCCGCCUCUCUCUCUCCACCCACAAGAUGGAGGCCAUGGAAGCGGAGUUUGAUGGCAGCCGUCACUACAUGGAGGCGGAGCUCAGCCGGACCAGAGACGACCUGGAUAAGAUGAGGGACAAGUUCCGUAGACUCCAGAACAGCUACACGGCAUCUCAGAGAGCCAAUCAGGAUCUGGAGGAGAAGCUUCACGCUCUGCUACGGAAGGUGGAGAGGGACAAAAAGACGAUGGACCAAGAGAUCGUGGAGCUCACCAACAAACUGCUGGAUGCCAAGAACACCAUCGACCGCCUGGAGGAGCUUAACGAGCGCUACAGACAGGACUGUAACCUGGCCGUCCAGCUGCUCAAAUGCAACAAGUCGCAUUUCAGGAACCACAAGUUUGCUGAUCUACCCUACGAGCUGCAGGACAUGCUGAAUAAACACAUGAAGAGCAGUCUGCCCGAGCGAAGCCCUGCCACCGGCUCUCAGGAUCCAGACACACUCAGUUUGACUCCUGCUGACGUAGUGCCGACCUCUGUCAUCGCCCGCGUCCUGGAGAAACCAGAGCCGCUGGUCCUGAACUCGGCCCAGUCCAGCAGCUGCGGGCGGCCUGUCGCAGAGGAUGUCUUUGUGCAUGUGGAUAUGACGGGCUCUACAGGGGCUGAGGGUCGCGGCCGGGAGAACGACGGCGGUCGGGAGGCGGCGCAGCACAACGGUUCCUGCCGCAGUCAGAGCAGCCUGGAUGGGCAGUCAGGUGGUGAGGAGGCGGGUGGGGUCCCUUCCUUCGAGAAGCUGAACCCAUACCCUGCGCCGCCACCGCCUAACCCACUUUACCCCGGACGCAAGGUCAUCGAGUUCUCAUCAGACGACAAAGUGAAGAUCCCCAAAAACUCCCCACUGCCCAACUGCACUUACGCCACACGGCAGGCCAUCUCUCUGAGCCUCGUCCAGAACGACGACGAGCGGCUGCCCCCCGGCAGCCCCGCCCCCUCCUCCUCCUCCGGUGGGGCUGUCCACCAGCGUACGCCGCUUUCCCAGUGCGACGCCACCAGUGACCCGCUGUCCAGCCAGUCCAGCCCAUUCAGCAGUCCGCCGCAGGCUCCCAGCGUUCUGGCGAGCUCCGGUAGCUCAGAGGAGGAUCUUCUGGCCAACUGGCAGCGGAUGUUUGUAGAGAAGAUGGCGCCAUCCUGUGACGGCUCCGUGGUUCACCGCACGUCGUUCAGCAGUCAGACGGCUCAUGAGCUGCAGCGGAGGAGGCCAGUGCCGGGGGGCGGGGCUUCAUCCUCCUCUGACCGCCACAGAGCGGCAUACUCGGACGGUGAGGAGGGCUCGUCGGCGCGCAGCUGGACGCCGAGCCGUGGGUCCAGCCUCGACACCGACACCGACACUGAGCCGAGGCCAGGCAGGAGGGGGCGCUACAGUGGCGGUGACGGUUCCACAGAGGAGGGUGAGAGGUUGCUGAUGAACCUGGAGGAUGAUGGCGGCAGCGGGGACACGGCAGUCACUGUGGCGACCAGCCCGGUUGACGCCUGCAGGAGAGAGCUGGAGGAGGAGGAGGAGGAGGAGGAGGAGGAGGAGAGAGACGUCCUCCCCCACGACCUGCCUGUCAUCACACCCCGCCUCCUGGACUUUGAUCCCGCCCUCGCCCCACAGCGGCCACAGAAAAGCCCGAAGAGGAUGGGCGUUCACCACCUGCACCGCAAAGACAGCCUGACCCGAGCCCAGGAACAAGGCACUCUGCUGGACUGACGCUCGCUCUCCACAGCCUGAGCACACCUCGCUCGCCCCACACUGUGCUCCUUCAGCUGCUGUCUGUCUCCAUGGCAAACGACCUGUCUGUCACAGGCCACGCCCAUCCAGGAAAUAGCCAUACUUUAUCGUAUGCUGCCGAGCUCACCGCCUGACCGUUGUGUGUGUGUGUGUGUGUGUGUGUGUGUGUGUGUGUGCGUGCGCGUGUGUCUCAGACUGAUCAGUUCCGAUAUUGAUAAGAUGAUAAUCAACUUCACUAUCAGUGAUUUGAACCCAGCUGAUCAGCUCAUGUUUGUGUUGUUCAGCUUCAGUCAAAAAUCAAACCGAGUAAGUAAAAACAAAUUAAAUCCUGACAGUAUUUUUGGAGAUUUAGUAUCCAAAAACAUUUCCCUCUUUUUUUUUAUUUUAAAUGAAUCAAAAUUCUGAUUAAAAUUCUAAAAUAUAUGACAUGCUAUGCGUCCAGAAGUAUGUGGACAGACUUCACUACUAAGACUGAGAAUCACACGCUGGACUGCAUUGGUGGAAUUUAUAGAAAAUUGAGCAGUUUGGUUGGUGGCAGUGACAGACUUCUGGCCAUGUUGUGUAUUUUGACAGAGUGUUCUGUAAAUUAUGUGGGUGUCCACCUACUUUUGGCCAGUCUACAUACAAACCUAACCUACAUGGCCAAAAGAACCUGGACAGCUGAUUAAACCACAAUACACUGGACAUCAGUAUUAGAUCCCUAUAGCAGUCUACUGUCUGUGUGUGUGUGUGUGUGUGUGUGUGUCUGACAGUCUGUCUGUCUGUCUGUCUGUCUGUGCGCGUUCGUCAGGUUAUUGGUGAGACUAGAAAAAUGAAAGCUUAACAACUUUGUGGACGUCCUUGCCUUGUUUCCUCUGUGGGAGCUUUUAUUUUGAAGAGAACAGACGACACACACACACACACACACACACACACACACACACUCAGACUCUCAGUGCCUAUCACUCACUCUGUCUGUCUGGAAGUCCCAGGAAGGUUGUGACGAUGACGCUGGAUCUGAAGGUCAGACUUUUUAUUUUCUUGUCUACACUAAUCAUCGAUUUCCUGUGAUGUCGUUAUUUAGUCACCUGAUUGGUUUGUCGGGGAGUCAUGGACCAUUUGACCCCGACUGACAUCUGUCCCCGCUCCCCCUCUUCACCAACACUCUGACUGUACCUGCAGGGGGCGGGGCCGGGGCGGAGCCUCUCGCACCUGGAAUGUAUCCAUCAGGUUGUUUUGUUGUCAUUCUAACCUUUUUGUAGUAUAAAUCCUUUGCUCAGAGGUUGCUUUUCCAUUUGAGUUUGGUUUGUUGUUGAUUUGUUUUGUUGUUUUUCUGAUCAGUUUGGUUUUUAUGUUCAGAUGUCAUCAUGGGCCUGCGGAAGCCCGUUAGCGCCAGAAAUGAUCAAACAUGAGCCUGGAAGAAUCUGAACCAGUUCUUCUACAAAAUAAAAUCUGGUCUGAAACCGCAGAAGUAAUGCUUUUAAAUAGAGUCUCAUUAUAAAUCUGAGCAGAUGUUUGAUGAUUUGAGUUCAGCCCUAAACAGGAACAUGAACAGAGAUGAGUUUUAAAAUGCUGGAAGUCAAAUUGAUGUUUUAGUCUCACUAUCAGUUUUCAUGCCUUCUCAGAUCAGUUAGCUGUAAAUUAUCAAACAUCUAAUUGACUUCAGAGUGUUCUAAUAGUGAUUGAAAGACCAGACGAGCUUCUGUCAUGGUUAUCUGAUCCCUGAUCAGUUUAACGACUUGAUGAUCUUUGUGUUGUUGGUUGCAGUUAUUGUAUAUAAAAGGUGUGUGAGGUCCUCGGCCUGAAGUGAAAAGCAAACCGAAAGCUGCGGUUGAAUUUCAUAGAGAAGUCGUUGGGUCACUGCAGGAUGUGGGACUGACUUGUGAGUCCAGGUGAUGUAAUGCAGGUCUGUUACAGGUGUGACUCUGCAGGUGUGAAUGGGCUCAGAGGUCUUCUCAUUAGAAACGUGUUGUCAGUGUUUGUCUUUCUGGCACUUCCGGGCCUCCGUAUGUUAACUCACUUUUAUCAGUUUGUUCUUCUCUGAGGUCACCGAUGAAUGUUGGCUUGUCGCCUUCCUCACAGCUCUGAUUGUGACUCACCGAGCCCCAGUGAUCACCGAUUGGUCCUCUGAUUGAUUGAUUGUUUGAGUCUUAAAGAAUCUGACUUGUUGAAAGUCAUUUGAUUUAAAACGUUACCACAGUUUUGUUCUCAGCAGUGUUUUCACGGGAAGUGAUGGAGUAUUGAUCAGUGCUGAAUGUUUGAGCUCUGUGUUAACGCUUCAGUCUGUGAUCGGUGUGUUGGUGCCCUGAAGGUCAAGCAGUAUUGAUCUGUAGAGCAACAGCUGUUUUCAUCAGCACUGAAUUAACUGAUCAGCAGCAUCGAUAAUCACAAAUUAAUUAUCUUAUUAUCUAAACAGAGUGUUGAUUUUGCUACUCACGGGAUAACGAAACAGAAGCACACAAGCACCAAUCACAGACCAGCUUCAUGACCUUGUGGUGUGAUAGCACUACAAUUAGUGCAGGUGCGUUAUGGGAUAAAAGGUGUUGUUGGAGUGUAUGAUGGGACACAGACGAUGUUAGCAGAAUUAGGACAACAUCCUGUCAACGUGUCUUUGAGAGAUAAUAAAGAUUUUCCUCUCACU